AUGGCGCUUCUGCGUAUGUUAAGACGGAGUGUGUUGGUGGUGUUGGGCUUGCUCGUCGGUUCGGCCUACAGCAGUUGCCUCGGCGGAGGCUGUGGUGGAGGAUCCUCUGGUGGCAUCAGCCGCUCCUACGGAGGACCAACCAAUAGCUUCGGAGGUUCCGGAGGAGGAGGCGGAUCCUUCGGAGGAGGAUCCUUCGGGGGAGGAUCCUUCGGCGGCGGAUCCUUCGGUGGAGGAACCUUCGGAGGCGGAUCUUUCGGGGGAGGAUCCUCUGGAGGCAGAUCCUUCGGGGGAGUAUCAUUUGGAGGCGGUUCUACAGGUGGCGGUGGAGGAGGAAUAAGUACCAGUUAUGGAGGACCGACCAAUAACUUCGGUGGAGGAAGAGGUGGCGGUGGGUCCUUUGGGGGAGGUGGAUCCUUCGGAGGAGGAUCUUUCGGAGGUGGUGGCGGAUCCUUCGGUGACGGGUCCUCAGGAGGAGUAAGUACAAGUUACAGCGGACCAAGGAAUAGCUUCGGAGGAGGUGGCGGUGGAUCUUCGGAGGGGGCAGAGGGUCCUCCGCCAGAGGAUCCUUCGGAGGAGGCUCUGGCGGAGGCGGUGGAGGAGGAUUUGGUGGAGGAUCCUUUGGAGGAGGAUCCUUUGGCGGCGGAGGUGGCGGUUCUUUCGGAGGUUCAGGCGGCGGUGUGUCUGGCAGUUACUUGCCACCCUCCGGGAAAUAACUGCAUCUACAGGAGAAACAUAUGUUCUAUUAAAUGA